CGAACAGCACAAAUCGGGUCAGGAAAGCCAACCGUUUCAUCUGUGCUCGGGUAACAGCGAAGCGGCGGCGAAACCGAUCUCCACGCGGCGGCGACGGAAAUGGACGGCGGCGACGACGCGGCGGCGCUUCUCAAGCGAGCGUUCGGCGAAUCGUCCGACGAAGAAGGCGGUCAGCUCGGCGGGCCCGAGGCUCGCGGCGGUCGCGAGCGGGAGGAGCCUCCGUCGCGUCCGUCUCCUCGGCCGACGCCGCGCCGGGGCCCUACCUGGGCGCCGGUCGGGGAGAUCGACGGGCUGUGGCUGUGCGGCGGCUUCCUCUCCCAGGAACAGCAGCACUCUCUGCUCUCUGCGGUCGAGGAAGAGGGAUGGUUCAUGGAAGCUUCGCAUAACCAGGCCAUGAGGUUUGGGAGUCUUCCAGCAUGGGCAACUGAGCUUUCUAAUUCUAUUCGCGAGGCGGUGUUGCUAGGGGACUUUGAUCCAGAGUUCGAGUCGUCGAAUGCAGAUGCAUAUGAGGAUUCUUCUCUCUUUCCUAUCCUGCCAUUGGAAUUACUGGGAAGAGAGCCUCUCUUUGAUCAACUUAUCGUGAACUUAUACCGACCGGGCGAGGGUAUUUGUGCACAUGUUGAUCUAAUGCGCUUUGGCGAUGGAAUUGCCAUCGUAUCCCUCGAGUCUCCAUGCAUCAUGCACUUCACCCGGGCCGGAGAUACGUGCGACACCGGCAGCGAAGGGGAAAACGAGCAGCCAAUGUCUAAAGUACCGGUCUAUCUGGCUCCCGGUUCCUUAGUUAUCAUGUCGGGAGAAGCUCGCUACCUCUGGAAACACGAGAUAAAUCGCAAACCGGGAUUUCAGGUAUGGCAAGGGCAGGAGCUAGAUCAGAGGAGAAGAAUUUCUAUUACACUGAGAAAGCUUUCCAUCGCCGAGUAGCAGCGUAUUAGCUCAUCUCAGGAAGAAGUUUCGUCUUCGUGGAAGGUUUUUGUUGAUAGAUACCGAGAUUGAUUGACACAAACAAUCCUCUGCAAUGGUCAAUUUAGUUCAAGAGAGCAACUUUGUCAUUUUCGGGUACCUGUUUGCCUCCUGGCUUUUCUGAGUGAGUCUAGGGCUUUCGAAGCUGUAAAUCAGAAAGAAAGUGGCACGGCAGUUUCUGUCUCUCUUUGGGAAAUGAACAUUUUAGGCGACCAUCUUCACUUUUAGUCCAGUACGCCAUGCAUUUGCUGGGGAACUUUCUA